GGUUCACAAUAUCUUUAUUAUAACACGAUUACAAUAUGUCAUCAGUAAUUUUUUUGGUCACUGUGUUCUUUGGCACAUAUAAAAUAGUUGUAUCACGAUAAUAUCGUACUUAACCAUUUAGCGUCCUUGUCUAUGUUGGGAUUAAGACACAGAUUAAGAUUAAAGAUAUAUAAAAACAUAUUUCCAUUUAUAGUUUAUGCACAACAUUUAUAAUCUGUGCCUGUAGUGUUUAAUAACCUUCGAUCAUUACAAAUUUCGGCAUGAUGUCUUUGAAGCUACUACAAUCAUUAGUGUCAAAAAAUGAAUUCUUUAUCAAAAAAUUACUUAAACAGGAGAAUUACCGUCUUAUCAAUCGACCACAGUUUAAAAAUUGCUCGCUUCAACAUCAAAUGAAAUUCAACCCUUGUGGCAAGGGCAACCUCAACAUACAUAAGUCUUAUAUGUCUAAACAAUUUUCAGUGUCUAAUAAUCUGACUGAAAUAGAUUUUGAACAAGCAUGCAAUGAAACAUUAGAAUCAUUAUGUGAAUAUUUUGAGCAAAUUGUUGAAGAUAAUCCAUAUCUUGAAAACCCUGAUAUUUUAUUCAGCGAUGGUGUAUUAACAAUUCAAUUAGGUGAACCUUAUGGCACAUAUGUUAUUAACCGACAGACACCAAAUAAACAAAUUUGGUUGAGUUCGCCAACAAGUGGUCCAAAACGAUAUGAUUUUAAUGGCACAAAAUGGAUUUACAAACAUGAUGGUGUCAGCUUACAUGAAUUACUGACUUCUGAGCUAUCUAAACAAUUUUCAUUUGAUGUAAACUUUUCUAAAUGCAUAUUUAGUGGUACUAUAAGUAAAUAGUUAUAUUAUAUAAAAUUGUUUAUAAUAUAAAAUUAUUAAAUAAAUAAUAAUUAGUAAAUAUUUACAAAUCUUAGAUUAAGUUGUUAAAAUUAAAAAAUAUAUAUCUUGUUCAAACAGUUACUAAUCAAGGAUUUUGAA